AAAGCUUCGUGAACGAAUAAUCUUUAUCAGAUAUAAAAUGCAAUAAUCCCUGCAUUGUAACCUACCAGGCGAUCGUUGCGUUCAGCGUUGGGCGCGAAAAGCCCUCUCCAUCCAUCACCAUGGCUCCAAAUCCCAUGCCAUCCGCCCUCACCUUCGAGCUGAUCGCCAAAUGUUCGGUCACCAAAGCGCGCGCAUCGCUCCUCACGUUGCCCCAUGGACCCGUCCAGCUCCCCGUUUUCAUGCCGGUGGGGACCCAGGCGACGCUCAAGGGAGUCACCCCUGAGCAGCUGGAGGGGACGGGAUGUCGACUGUGCUUGAAUAAUACGUAUCAUCUCGGACUCAAACCCGGACAGGCGGUUCUUGACGCCGUCGGGGGCGCGCAUAAGUUCCAAUCAUGGCCGCAUAAUAUUCUUACAGAUAGCGGAGGUUUCCAAAUGGUCUCCCUCCUCGAACUCGCCAAAGUCACCGAAGAAGGCGUCCGCUUCCUCAGUCCGCACGAUGGCUCCCCAAUGCUCCUCACCCCCGAGCACUCCAUCUCCCUCCAAAACUCCAUCGGCUCCGACAUCAUGAUGCAACUCGACGACGUGAUUGCGACCACCUCGCCGGACCUCGCGCGCAUGGAAGAGGCGAUGCACCGCUCCGUACGCUGGCUAGACCGGUGCAUCGCGGCGCAUAAAUACCCCGAACGGCAGAGUCUGUUCUGCAUUAUUCAAGGGGGGUUGAAUCUGGAGCUGCGGCGGGAGUGCUGUCGGGAGAUGGUGGCGAGGGAUACGCCGGGGAUUGCGAUUGGGGGUUUGAGUGGCGGGGAGGAGAAAGAUUCGUAUUGUAGAGUGGUUGAUACGUGCACGGGCUUGUUGCCGGAGAUGAAGCCACGAUAUGUUAUGGGAGUGGGUUACCCAGAAGAUCUGGUUGUUUCCGUGGCACUUGGAGCCGACAUGUUCGACUGCGUCUGGCCAACCCGGACGGCCCGCUGGGGCAAUGCCGCCACCUCCUCCGGCACCCUGAACCUCAAACACGGCAACUACGCCAACGACUUCUCCCCUAUCGAAGAAGGCUGCACCUGCAUCUCCUGCCGCCCGAAGUCCGCCGGCGGCCUGGGCAUCUCGCGGGCGUACAUCUACCAUCUCGCGGGUAAGGAGACGGCCGGCGCACACCUUCUAAGCAUACACAAUGUGCAUUAUCUGCUCGCCCUGAUGCGGUCGGCGCGGGAGGCAAUCAUCGCGGAUCGGUAUCCGCAGUUUGUGAAGGGGUUCUUUGGGAAGUUGUAUCCGGAUCGGACGAUGACGCCGUCAUGGGCGGUGACAGCGUUGAGGAGGGUAGGAGUGGAUUUGCUGGCGGAUUAGUCUUGGCCAUUGGAUAUUAAAGUACUAGGACAAAAGUCUGUGCAUGCCCCACACCAAAAUCAAAACAAGCUGAACAACCACCAAUCUUCAACCAUCAAUAUUAUCAUCAAAAUGAGGUCGUUUGGGCAAGAAAUUAGUGGUAAUCGACAGAGAAAUCGCGAAUUAAG